UAGGACGACAACAACAAAACACUAACAUAUUCCAACAUAUUCCUAUAUAUAUAUAUAUAUAUAUCUAUUUAAAAUCGAACACCCACACAUACUUUAUAUAUGAACUUUGAAUCACAUUCCAAACAAUAAGCUCUCAAUCCCCCCAUGGACUCCCACAACGGACAGGUGGUUCUGAUCACGGGCUGCACCACCGGAGGGAUUGGCCACGCGCUCGCACGCGCCUUCGCGGCCGAGAAAUGCCUGGUGGUGGCCACAAGUCGGUCGCGGUCGUCCAUGGCCGACCUGGACCAUGACCAGAGAUUCUUUCUCCAAGAACUGGAUGUGCUGUCCGAUCAAAGUGUCCACAACGUUGUCUCCACCGUGCUCGAACACUUCGGCCACAUUGAUAUCGUCGUCAACAAUGCCGGUGUCCAUUGCAUCGGCCCUCUGGCUGAAAUACCUCACUCUGCAAUUGAACACACUUUCAACACAAAUGUUUUUGGUCCCAUGAGGUUGAUUCAAGCUGUGGUUCCUCACAUGGUACUCCGGAAGAGGGGGAAGAUUGUAAAUGUUGGAAGUGUUAUUGCAUUGUGCCCUGCACCAUGGGCAGGCGCUUACGGUGCAUCUAAAGCUGCUCUACAUUCCCUCACUGAUACCUUGAGAUUGGAACUUAAACCUUUGGGGAUAGAUGUUAUUAAUAUUGUACCUGGAGCUAUUAAGUCAAACAUAGGAAAUUCUGCUUUAGCUGGCUUUAAUCGGAUGCCUGAAUGGAAGUUAUACAAGCAAUUUGAAGCAGUGAUCCGAGAGAGAGCCCAGUUGUCGCAUAGCUCAAAGUCGACCCCUGCAGAAGAGCUUGCAAAGAAGACCGUAGCAGUGGUGCUGAAGAAGAAUCCACCAUCUUGGUUCUCUUACGGCCGUUACUCCACCGUAUCAGCAAUAAUAUACCAUCUGCCACUAUUUGUUAGAGAUUUUAUUUUCAGGAAAGUGAUGAAAUGUUGAGGUUUUACAUUUCAUAUUGGGUUUUCAAGUGUAAGUUGUUUCCAUGUAAAUGUACCCUCAAAGGAUGUUUUAGUUUAUCGGUGAGGGAGUUACUUUUCUCUUGCGUGAGAAUAAUCUGUGUUCUGUGUGUAUCUGUGAAUAAUUUAAAGAAUUGCUAAUUUGCAUGAGAAUAAUAUGUGUUUUGUAAAGUCUAGAUUCUUUGUUGUAGCGUGUCGCUGCUGUACCUGUGUUGUAGAGAUUUUCAAAACAUUUAAUCUGGUUUCAACACAUUACUUCAAGGUAGGAAUAAUGCGUUGAAACAAGGUGUAAUUGUGUUGAAAUCUCUUUUUGACACUAUUAUUUUUACCUUAAAGUAAUCAGUUUAAACUAGAAACUAUAUUUAAUGUGUUGAAUUUUUUUUUUUUUUUUUUCCUAGUUGGUACUCACACACACAUGCCUCCACUGAGGCUUAAACCCCUAACCUUUCUUUGAGAAGUAAGAGCUUGGUACCGCUAGGCCAUUGGUACAACUGUGAUGUGCUACAGCAGACAUGUGUUCUGUAUAUGUUGAAAGAAUCCAAACUUAUUCAAGAAUUUUAUGAAAUGCAAACAUAUAUUCUGUAUGAAUGUUGAAAGAAUCCAAACUUAUUCAAGAAUUCUAUGAAAUGCAUAGAAUUCAUGAUCCAGUUUGAUGAAUAAUACCAGGUGAAGCUCAUCUUCUAUAUAAAUUUGCAUGGUUUUACUCAAAUCAGCAAAAAAAAUUUGAAUGGUAAAGAAACCAUGCAAUGGGAAUGGCUUUUGUCCUACACUUCUCAUGGGGACUAAAUACAAAUUACUAAAAUGUUCAACAUACAAAAAAAUAACUUUGGCAAUGUGCCUCAUAAAGUAUCCAGUAUAAAGUUCAAUUCCUACUGAGUGCAAACAAUUCUUUGGGCUACGCCUCUAUUAAGAUUUUCACAAUUAUUUGAUUGCGGAGAAUCCAUGGUAUCAAAAAAAUGAAAAAAACAAAAAAAAUUGCCGUGGCUGCUACACAAACUGUUUUACACGCAUAACCACACAUUGGUCAAGAUGUCUAAAUUCUGAUCCCCAGAAGACAAACAAAAAAAAAAAAAAAAAAAAACACCAAA